ACGGCCAGAGCGCCCCCUCCCUUUAAGGAGAGGCAUGAAAGGGGCCUGAUAGCCCCUCCCCGUUGCCCCUUUAAGGAGCAGCCCUCGUCCGCCGUCAGAAAAGCGGCUUAAAGGCGACGCGUGGCGCGAUGGCGGCGUUCCCUGGCGGGUUGCACGGGCUGCGGUUCCUGCCGCUGCUCCUGCUGCUGCCGCUGCCGCUGCCCCUGGGUGGCCCGCGGGGUUCUGGAUUGCUGUCAGCCCUCACAGCUGCGAUUCUAGGACCUCUGACUUCUCAGAAUGGGCCAGGCUGGUGCUUCCAGACCCUUCCAGCUCACUGUGCCGCGCCAGCAGCUUCCAGAUCUUGCACCCCAGGCGCCGGCCGGCGUUCCACACUAACAAAGGUGGCCACGGAUCACAACACGGACAACACUUCAGCCAUACUCCGAGAGUGGCUGGUGGCUGUGAAGGGUUUGUACCACUCUGUGGAGUGGCGACCAGCGGAGGAGCCCAGUUCCUACCCAGAUGAAGAGGGCCCCAAACACUGGUCUGACUCCCGCUACGAACACGUCAUGAAGUUGCGCCAGGCGGCUCUCAAGUCAGCUCGGGAUAUGUGGGCUGAUUACAUCAUGUUUGUGGACAGUGACAACUUGAUCACCAACCCUGACACCCUGAGUCUCCUCAUUGCUGAGAACAAGACAGUGGUGGCCCCGAUGCUGGAUUCCCGUGCAGCGUACUCCAACUUCUGGUGUGGGAUGACUUCGCAGGGCUACUACAAGCGCACCCCUGCCUACAUCCCCAUCCGGAAGCGAGACCGCAGAGGCUGCUUCGCUGUUCCCAUGGUGCACUCCACCUUUCUCAUCGACCUGCGGAAGGCGGCGUCCAGGAGCCUGGCCUUCUAUCCGCCGCACCCUGACUACACCUGGUCUUUUGACGACAUCAUUGUCUUUGCCUUCUCCUGUAAACAGGCAGAGGUGCAGAUGUACGUGUGCAAUAAGGAGGUAUACGGCUUCCUGCCCGUGCCUCUGCGUGCGCAUAGCAGCCUACAGGACGAGGCAGAGAGCUUCAUGCAUGUGCAGUUGGAGGUCAUGGUCAAGCACCCGCCAGUGCAGCUGUCCCGGUUCAUCUCAGCACCCAGCAAGACUGCAGACAAGAUGGGCUUCGAUGAGGUCUUCAUGAUCAACCUGAAGCGGAGGCGGGACCGGCGAGAACGCAUGCUGCGGGCCCUGCAUGAGCAAGAGAUUGACUGCAAGCUGGUGGAGGCCGUGGAUGGCAAAGCCAUGAACACCAGCCAGGUGGAGGCCCUGGGCAUCCAGAUGCUGCCUGGCUACCGGGACCCCUACCACGGGCGACCCCUCACCAAGGGAGAGCUAGGCUGCUUCCUCAGCCACUACAACAUCUGGAGGGAGGUGGUUGACCGGGGACUGAGGAAAUCCCUGGUGUUUGAGGACGAUCUGCGUUUUGAGAUCUUCUUCAAGAGACGCCUGAUGAACCUCAUGCGGGAUGUGGAGCGUGAGGGCUUGGACUGGGACCUCAUAUAUGUGGGCCGGAAGCGCAUGCAGGUGGAGCAGCCUGAAAAGGCCGUGCCCCGUGUGAGGAACCUGGUGGAGGCCGAUUACUCCUACUGGACGCUCGCCUACGUGAUCUCCCUGCAGGGCGCUCGCAAACUGCUUAGUGCCGAGCCGCUGGCCAGAAUGCUGCCUGUGGACGAGUUCCUGCCCGUCAUGUUUGAUAAGCACCCAGUGUCAGACUAUAAGAUUCACUUCUCUCCCCGCGACCUGCGCGCCUUCUCUGUGGAGCCGCUCCUCGUCUACCCCACACACUACACAGGCGACGACGGCUACGUCAGCGACACCGAGACCUCAGUUGUGUGGAACAACGAGCAGGUGAAGACCGACUGGGACCGAGCCAAGUCCCAGAAGAUGCGAGAGCAGCAGGCGUUGAGCCGCGAGGCCAAGAACUCUGAUGUGCUGCAAUCCCCGCUGGACAGCGCUGCUCGUGACGAACUCUGAGGCAGCUGGCAAAAAGCCAAAGUGACCGCCAGGGCCUCGCCUUCCCGCACUUGCCUGGGACCCCAGGGCCACCCAGGCAGACGGCUUCCAUGUCCUCCUGCUCAGCAGUCACUUUCUCACUGGCAGCAAUAAUGGAGUGCUCACUGUAUGCCAGGAACAGGGCUGGGCACUGGGAGGUUGUGUCCGCCGCGAAGGAAGUUUCGUUAGAGCGGUGAACGAGGCGUAGUGCUUCCUGCAUCAGGGAUUGAUGUGAACAUCGGGUGGUUAUUGAUCAGGCCAAGUCAGGUAUUAGGGAUACAUACUUAUUUUAAAAUCUUUAUUGAGGACA